AAGUGUAAAGGAGGAAAACCUAACCGGUGAGAAACUUUUCACCAGAAUGAUGACUGCCUCAAGGAAACUGUCAUCUUUCCGUCUUCCUCCCUUUCCCACUGUAGGCGAGAUCAUAAAGCUGUACAACCUGCGAGCUGAGAAACAGCUCUCACAGAACUUCCUGUUGGACUUGAGGCUCACAGACAAAAUAGUGCGUCAAGCGGGCUGUUUGAGGGACGCCCAUGUGUGUGAGGUGGGUCCGGGCCCCGGCGGUCUCACCCGCUCCAUCCUCAACUCCGGAGCGAAAGACGUGCUUGUGGUGGAGAAGGAUACACGCUUCAUCCCGGGGCUGAAGCUGUUGUCUGAGGCAGCACCAGGGAGGCUGAGGAUUGUCCACGGGGACAUACUCAGCUACAGAAUGGACCGAGGAUUCCCAGAAACCAUCUCUAAGCCAUGGGAAGGCGAUCCUCCAAACCUUCACCUCAUAGGGAAUCUCCCCUUCAGCGUCUCCACCCCCCUCAUCAUUAAGUGGCUGGAGAGCAUGGCCAACAGAACGGGGCCCUUUGUCUUCGGUCGCACCCGACUCACUCUCACCUUUCAGAAAGAGGUUGCAGAGAGGUUGACAGCGAGCACAGGCAGCAAACAGAGGAGCCGUCUGUCCAUCAUGGCUCAGUAUCUCUGCACUGUCCACAACUGUUUCACCAUCCCUGGACGAGCUUUCGUCCCUAAACCAAAGGUGGACGUUGGAGUCGUUCACUUCACCCCUCUGGUGCAGCCCCAGAUCCAGCAUCCCUUUAAGCUGGUGGAGAAAGUCAUCAGGAAUGUUUUCCAGUUCCGCAGGAAGCACUGCUACAAAGGAGUAGAAAAGUUGUUCCCAGAGGCGAGUCGUGUAAAGCUGACACAGGAGAUGUUGCAGAGCGCAGAUGUGGACCCCACUCUGCGCCCAACAGAACUCACCAUACCCCAGUUCCGGGCUCUAGCGGAUGCCUACGCUCAUUUAUGCACGCAUGAACCCAGCCUCUUCAACUAUGAGUACAGAGUGGAGCUCCAAAUGAAGCCCCUCACCAGGCAAAGAAACAAACCGGAGGACACAUAUAUUAUGGACGAGCUAACAAAAGCUAAAUAAAAAUAAGCACGGAAACCAAGAGAAGCCCACUAAUAGCCUGUUUUAGCACAGGGAAACAACAGAAUGCCUUGACAUUUCCACCUGGCAUAUGCAUGCAUUUUUAAAAUGUUUUUCUCCCUGCACCCAGUCACCUUGGUAUACAUGAAAUCCUGGGACAGAGACAAUAACUACAAGGCUCAUAAAGGAUGGGUGGAAUUAGCUCCAUGACCUUUUUCCAGGAUGGGACAACUCAAAGCAGAGUAAUGUGUAAUUUGGAGAAUAGUUGUAGGAUGCUUGUUACCCAAAGUAGCUCUUUAAGAGCCAGUAGGUCCCAAUUCCUACUUCACAUCCAGCUUGCAUAACACCUUGUCCUGUGGGACCCAGAAGAACCGUCAGUGUUUUAAGGGUGAUUUAGAAAAUGGGAACAACAUGGCAACACCGUAUUCAGGCCAUUUUUCCCUUCGCUGAGUACUGUAUUGCUUAGUCACUUGGGAGACGGUGCUUAAAGGGAGGAGGAAAGUGGUGGAAAUGUUUCAAAUCCAGAUGGACUCUUUUUGUAAUCAGAGGAAUACACUGUUAAUGCCUGUAUUUAUGUUUAGAAUAAAAUCACACUAUCUAAACAAUUAGCUUUUCAGAAUUACCUCGUGAAUUUUGUGGAGGCACAUUCGUUAAACUUGUACAGAAUACAGCAUUUAUGUUAUUACUGUUGAAUAAAAUCAGAACUCUGUGUUGUCAUUUAA